AUGUUUGCAACCAAGCGCUUAAGCAAGAUGAAAGAACACGUCCCGCCGGGAAUCACGAUCGCCAAGUCCGACAACCUCGAAGAAUGGCAAAUGGACAUCCGCGUCCUCGACGACAACCCGCUCUACCAGAACCAGACCUACCGGCUGAAAUUCACCUUUUCGUCAAAAUACCCCAUCGGUGCGUCUCCCCCCUGCCCCCUUUUCUCUGUCCGCGCAACCCACAACCAGCGUCAGACAGCUAACACGAAUCGUCUGGUAGAACCCCCAGAAGUCCAGUUCAUCGAACUCCCCAGCUCCUCCGACACCCCCCGCCCCAUCCCCAUCCACCCACACAUCUACAGCAACGGCAUCAUCUGCCUGGACCUCCUCAGCUCGGCCGGCUGGUCGCCCGUCCAGACCGUCGAGAGCGUCUGCAUGAGCAUCCAGAGCAUGUUGACCGCCAACUCGCGCGACGAGCGGCCCCCCGGCGAUAAGGAUUUUGUCUCGUAUAACCGUCGUCGACCGCGCGAUAUCAAUUUCUACUACGAUGAUGAUAAUGUGUAG